CAGCGCGCACUAUCGCGGGCGCGUAGUAGAUGUCGCUGUUGUCCGUGCUUACGCGGCUGGCCGGCCAGGCUCUGGAGCACGUGACCUGAGAGGAGGCUGCGGCUCAAGGCCAUUUUCAAAUCUCAUUGGCUUGGUUGUCAUGUGGUCGGCAGAGGCAUCCACAAUUACACGGGGAAUGUUUUCCUAGAGAUGUCAGCCUACAAAGGACACAAUCUCUCUUCUUCAAAUUCUUCCCCAAAAUGUCCUUUCCCAACAGCUCUCCUGCUGCUAAUACUUUUUUAGUAGAUUCCUUGAUCAGUGCCUGCAGGAGUGACAGUUUUUAUUCGAGCAGCGCCAGCAUGUACAUGCCACCACCUAGCGCAGACAUGGGGACCUAUGGAAUGCAAACCUGUGGACUGCUCCCGUCUCUGGCCAAAAGAGAAGUGAACCACCAAAAUAUGGGUAUGAAUGUGCAUCCUUAUAUACCUCAAGUAGACAGUUGGACAGAUCCGAACAGAUCUUGUCGAAUAGAGCAACCUGUUACACAGCAAGUCCCCACUUGCUCCUUCACCACCAACAUUAAGGAAGAAUCCAAUUGCUGCAUGUAUUCUGAUAAGCGCAACAAACUCAUUUCGGCCGAGGUCCCUUCGUACCAGAGGCUGGUCCCUGAGUCUUGUCCCGUUGAGAACCCUGAGGUUCCCGUCCCUGGAUAUUUUAGACUGAGUCAGACCUACGCCACCGGGAAAACCCAAGAGUACAAUAACAGCCCCGAAGGCAGCUCCACUGUCAUGCUCCAGCUCAACCCUCGUGGCGCGGCCAAGCCACAGCUCUCCGCUGCCCAGCUGCAGAUGGAAAAGAAGAUGAACGAGCCCGCGAGCGGCCAGGAGCCCACCAAAGUCUCCCAGGUGGAGAGCCCCGAGGCCAAAGGCGGCCUUCCCGAAGAGAGGAGCUGCCUGGCUGAGGUCUCCGUGUCCAGUCCCGAAGUGCAGGAGAAGGAAAGCAAAGAGGAAAUCAAGUCUGAUACACCAACCAGCAAUUGGCUCACUGCAAAGAGUGGCAGAAAGAAGAGGUGCCCUUACACUAAGCACCAAACGCUGGAAUUAGAAAAAGAGUUCUUGUUCAAUAUGUACCUCACCCGCGAGCGCCGCCUAGAGAUCAGUAAGAGCGUUAACCUCACCGACAGGCAGGUCAAGAUUUGGUUUCAAAACCGCCGAAUGAAACUCAAGAAGAUGAGCCGAGAGAACCGGAUCCGAGAACUGACCGCCAACCUCACGUUUUCUUAGGUCUGAGGCCGGUCAGAGGCCAGGAUUGGAGAGGGGGCACCGCGUUCCAGGGCCCAGUGCUGGAGGACUGGGAAAGCGGAAACAAAACCUUCACCGCUCUUUGUUUUUUGUUUUGUUGUAUUUUGUUUUCCUGCUAGAAUGUGACUUUGGGGUCAUUAUGUUCGUGCUGCAAGUGAUCUGUAAUCCCUAUGAGUAUAUAUAUAUAUAUACACACAUAUAUAUAUUAAAAAACUUAGCACGUGUAAUUUAUUAUUUUUUCAUCGUAAUGCAGGGUAACUAUUAUUGCGCAUUUUCAUUUGGGUCUUAACUUAUUGAAACUGUAGAGCAUCCAUCCAUCCAUCCAGCAAUGUGACUUUUUCAUGUCUUUCCUAACACAAAAGGUCUAUGUGUGUGGUUAGUCCACGAACUCAUGGCAUUUUGAAUACAUCCAGUACUUUAAAAAUGAUAUAUAUUUAAAAAAAAAAAAAAGAUUAAGAAAACCCACAAGCUUGGAGGGAGGGGGACUUAAAAAGCACAUUACAAUGUAUCUUUUCACAAAUGAAUUUAGCAAUUGUCCUUGGUGAGAUGGGAUAUUGAUGAUUUAUGCCUUGUAGCCUUUCCCUUGUGGUGCAUCUGUGGUUUGGUAGAAGUACAACAGCAACCUGUCCUUUCUGUGCAUGUUCUGGUCGCAUGUAUAAUGCAAUAAACUCUGGAAACGAGCUC